UCAGAACAGGAUCUGCAGCCCGCCGGUAUGUGACAGACAUACACAGACAGACCUAAACUGUCUCUCAGUAUCCAGUCUCACAGGAAUCAGCCAGGAGGAGAGUCUUUGACCACUAGUUUAAUGUGCGGCUCGACAUGCCACCUCACAUGGAUUACUUCUACCACGAGUCCCGAGUCCCCUCCGCAUGCGGGCUGACCCGGGAGGACGAGCUGGAGCCCGGGGUCAUCAGCUGCAUGCUGGUCGGAGACGGAGCCGUCGGGAAAACCAGUAUGAUCAUCAGCUACACCUCCAAUGGAUACCCGACAGAAUACCAGCAGACCGGAUUUGAUGUCUUUUCUGGUCAGGUCCAAGUGGAAGGAUCUCCAGUCAAAGUUCAGCUUGUGGACACUGCUGGACAGGAGGAAUUUGAUGACUUCAGGGCUCUGUCCUACGCCCACACCGACGUCUUCCUCCUGUGCUUCAGCAUGGUCAACCCCACCUCGUUCCACAACAUCACCAAGAAGUGGGUCCCAGAGAUCCGGGCUUACAAUCCGUCCUCGCCCAUCGUUCUUGUCGGCACUCAGUCGGACCUCUUGCUGGACGUCAACGUCCUCAUCAACCUGGACCAAUCUCACGUCAAGCCCAUCCCGAGCUCACGGGCCCGAAGCAUGGCGGACAAGAUCAGGGCCACAGACUACAUAGAGUGUUCGUCACUCACGCAGAAAAACUUGAAGGAGGCAUUUGACGCGGCAAUCUUUGCUGCCAUAAAGAACAAAACCCGUAAGACGAAGAAGAGGAGGUUUUCUGACAGACGCACUAAAGCGUUCUCCAGGUGCAGCUGGAAGAAGUUCUUCUGCUUCGUCUGAACUCAUAAACUGUGAACCCUGUGGGUUGUGAACAGAAACUUUAACUUAUUCAAAUCUUUUGCUUGUUGUCACAGCUUUGGUCUGUGGCAGUUUAGCAUAAUUUGGCUUAUUUUUCUCUGGGAUGCCAAAUGGUGCAAGGAGAAAAAAAAAGACAUAAGCACAGUAAGUAUUGGGAGCUAAAAGCCUAGACACAUCCCACCAGCAUCAGAGAACUAGUGGCGACAAAGCUGACCAAUGCAUCGCCUUACAUCGCCUUUUUGUUUGUUAGUCUUCAGUCACUGAAGUCAACUGACAUGACUAAGGUCAACCACAGUCUUAUCCUAACCCCAACCAAGUAGUUUUUUUUGUUUUUGCCUAAACCAAACCUGACCUCCUUCAUCAAGAUACAAUGCAAAAGGCUACCCAACAUGUUGGCGAAAAGUUGCACCUGAACACAUCGCGAAGACCUGGCAUGUAUGUUCUGUACUUCUUUGUCUCUUCUGUGGGCUGAGCUGAACUCCCCAAAAGAGUGAUUUCUUUUGGCAUUGGGGUCUUUUUUAGUUCUAUUUGAAAUGCUGAAUCAGCUGA